AAAUCCAACUCUUUAAAAGCUUCAGGAUUUGCAUUAAAAGGAACCCGGUUCGUUUUUACCAGAAGCAGUUCCGAAUACUUCGACGAGGAUGGUCACCUCGCUCAUGAGUUUUAUCGAGAAUCGAACGUUAAAUCAAAGAAAGGGAAAUACACUCUCAAGCGAAUCACCAAAGGUUUAUACAAACAGUUCAGAGCAUUUGCAUCUGAACAGUCUUGGGUUCAAGACUCAUCGCUGCCACAAUUGUGGCCGUAUGUGUCCUUGGGCAAGACAUUGUCCUCCAUAUGUAAUAAAAUAAAAUAACAUCUCGUCCUAGAG